AUGCAGGCUCUCACCGUUUUUGGCGCCGUCGCCGGCAGCAUCUCCGCCGCGUCCGACGUCCUCACAGCCCUUGAUCAUGCCGUGUCCACGGCGGCAAAGGUCAAAGAUGCCCCUCAGCAGGCCGUCGCCACCCUACGGGAUGUGCGUAUGAUGCGGACCAACAUGGUUCGCUUCCAGCAGCUGCUGGACAGCCAGAGCCAUCUUCGCGAUAGAGGCGUAUACAUUCCGCUGGACGACACUCAGAAUACGUUUACAGAUUGCAUUACAUCCCUUGACGAGUUAGAGAGUCUGUUGAAGCCACUAUCGGACCCGGAUUUGAAACCAUUGGAUCUUGUCGCCCGGUUGGAGUGGGUGAUGAAGGACAAGCGCAUCGAGGCUCUGUCCAAGCGAGUUCACGAUGCGCAGUCUUCUCUGGGCCUCAUGCUUACUAUUCUUUCCAACGAAUCUCUGCUCGAGGUCCAAAAGGCUCUAGCCGGGCUCUCUGAGCUCACCAAAACAAUCAGCGGCAACGUCGCCCAUCUAAAUCGGCGUAGCAUCAGCACCAAAUCAGAAAGAUCAUCCCGAGUGGCGAAGGAAAACGAGGACGAAGGAGACGUCAACUCUACCAUCAGGCCUCUCUCGGCCCUCAGGCGAGCAUCGUAUGCAGCCUUGGUGUCACGGCCUGAUUCUGUCAUCAUCCCGAGCACCGUAGCGGAGGAACCUGUCGAAGAGACGGAUGAAGAGAAGGCCGUCAACAUUGUGGCCCGAUUUGCCUUCGAAGCUGCAUUGGAGAGCUCUCGGGCGUACCGACGAGCGCCAAAAUGGGAUCUGGAUGACGUUUCCUUUCGCUCGUCCGUUAUGAACCCACAUGCCUGGUCUCUUUUCUCCAAGAUGUCGUGUCUCAGUCUGGGCGAUGUUUCCAGAAUCUCUGUCAUUGCGUUGCCUCUCUUCUCCACAGAUUUGCGCAACUCUAAGCACUACCAAUUUGGGAUCACCGAAGAAGAAAUCGACCCCAUCCAGACCGAGAAGGAUGAGCCAGACUCUCAACAACCACGUCCGACGCUCCGAGUCACACCUGUUCCUUCUCCUACCCCUCUGCCGUCCUAUGUUUAUGGCCCGGUUCCACCCACCCCCUCCAAGACAGGCGCUACUCGCGUUCUCAAGACUUUGAAGAAAGCUCUAAGUCCCGUCGCAAAGGCAUUAGAUCCUGAUAGGAAGUCGCCUGAUAUAGGCAAGAGGUCGACCAGUCCGACCAGUAUCCCAACGGCACCACACACUCCCUUUGGGCCGGCUUUAUCUCCUACCUUGAGUCAGCAACCAGAUGAUGCCAGAAGCAUCAGGUCAGAAAAUUCGGUCCACACUUUGGGUGAUCUAAGCCAACUCAAGCUUAAUGAAAAUGAACUCUACCUCUUUCACUCGAACGGAGUGCCCUGCCAUAACCUAAUACUAGAGUCCUUCGAUGAGGACGAGGGUUUUCUGGAUGUAUUUCGCUGCGGCAAGUGCAAGGCUUCGCUGGCCAAUAUGUCCAAAAGGGAAUUCAAUGGAGUACCGAAAUUUGAGAUUUGGUGCGGCGCCCAGACAUGUCUGACUUCAUCAGAGCUCAUGCCAUGCCCAUGUCAUGCCAAGAUUAUAGAGGUAGGCUUGCCAACAGACAAGUAUAUCGGCUGCAGGCUGCCCUUCGAGAAAGAGAUCAAGUGUUCGCGUUGCUUCGACCUCUGUCCCGAUUGUGUUCCUGUCAACCACGACACCUUCCCGGAGGGCUACGGGAUCUUCGAGCUCCAGAGCGUAUAUCUCAAGGCUCAGCAGUGGCUAUUUGCAAAUGUUUGGAGGGAUGACGAGACAUCAGGGUGGGAAAAGCAGCUCAACUAUCACUUGUCCCAGAUCGAAAUCCGGCUACGCCUCUGCCCCGUCUCGAAUCCUGUCGUUGAGCGGUUCAAGUGGAUUCUAGAUGCCCGGCAGAGGAUCCUAAACUGGAGGAAAGGCAUUCUACCUACCUGGAGAGAGAUGAACAACCUUGUCGCCCAGGGAUCCGACUUUUAUAAAGGGCCUAUGCAAAAUAUGAUGGAUGCCAUGGAAGAGUCAGAUGCUUUCCUUGAGCGCGAGAUGGAUCAAAAUAUAGAUCUUGUGCCCGGAUUAGCAGUGAUUAGACGGAAAGACUCGAUUGAGUCUGACUCAGAUAUUGGCGAGCAGUGGUUCGCCAUAAUAGGGAACGGUAACAUGCAAAACGACAACACGCCAAACGAGCUGGCAGUAGGAAUCGCUCUCUGA